GGUCCCACCCGACACGCACUUUCACACACACACACACACAGAAUCCAACAUGGCUGAAGUAGAGGGAAGCGAGUUAACUUCCAGUGGGAUCUUUCAGGAGAUCUUCACCUCCCCGCUGAAUCUCACCCUCCUCAGUCUCUGUUUGUUCCUCCUGUACAAAAUCUUCCGCGGGGACAAAUCACCUGAGCUCGGAGAGGUAGAAAAACCGCUGCCCAAAAUGAAGAAGAGAGAUUUCACCCUCGCAGAGUUAAAGCCCUACGAUGGAGUGCAGGACCCCCGGAUCCUCAUGGCUGUCAACGGAAAAGUGUUCGAUGUGACCAGAGGGAAGAAGUUUUACGGGCCAGAGGGGCCGUAUGGGGUGUUUGCAGGCAGAGAUGCAUCCAGAGGUCUGGCCACCUUCACCCUGGAGAAGGAAGCCCUGACGGACGAGCACGACGACCUGUCCGACCUGAACGCCAUGCAGCAGGAGAGCCUCUCCGAGUGGGAGUCCCAGUUCACCUUUAAGUACGACUACAUCGGCAAACUCCUGAAGCCUGGAGAGGAGCCCACAGAGUACACGGACGACGAGGAGGGAAAAGACAAAAAGGCCGACUAGAAAAUGACAAGCGGCCGAGAAAGAAAAGUGAUGGAUGCCUUAAUGUUUGUAAUUUUGAUGCCUGUUGCCUGAUCUCUGUUAGGCGUUCUACUACCUUUGGACCAUCGCAAUCCUGGACUUCACAUGCCGACUGAAUUCCGUCGAUCGGUUCAUCUCGUGUGACGAUCGGUUAACCGUUAAAUUUCGUGUAGCGUUGUUAGAGUUUAGAGGAAUUAGUGCAAACACAACACUGGAUCGGACCAAUUGAGACAUUUUUACGGAGCUGCUGGUGGUUGGAUGGAGCUUCGUUCAGCUCGACUCGCAGGACGUCGCCUCAUUUGGCUGCAGGAUCUCCCACAGCUUGCACUGAGACAGAUCAUCUCAGGAAGCAGAGGGCAGAUUAAAAUUGUAAUUGCAGUGAUUUGUUUUUCUCAUAACUGCAUCUUGCUAACUUUUAAACAAAUGAAACAAAACGAUGUUGAAUUUUACAGAAAUAACCUCAAACGUUUGUCUUUGAAUGAUUCGUGAUUUAAAAUGAACGGAAGUUUCUCUGGAAAGCUUCAGUGAGCUCGUCUUCCUGCCCACUUCCUGUCUUUGGACACAGUUAUGGGACCAAAGUGCAGCACGGCUUAAUGAACCAAACGCUGAUGGGAAGACGUUUAGACCACUAAAUGGAUCCGUUUUAAGCACUUUGACUUGAUAACCUGCACCAGCCACGUCUCCCAGUCCUGUCUCUUCUGGCUCUGAGCCUUUAUGUGAGGCAGCCGACCCAAAGCCUUUGAUUUUGUCUUUAAACUAACAGAAUGCAACAGUUUGUUUAAUGUUUCAGCCCACCAGGUGAGCUCAUUCGAGCUGUGUGCUCCAUUGAUACUUCUGACUGAUUUUCAGUGUUGAUUUCUGUUGAGGGCCGAGUCGGCGCUCUGAUGUGGUGCAGCGACGUCACUCAGAGUCGAGUGACAGAACUUUGACAAACACUAAUUGCAUAAUCGGUUACAGUCAGCCAACCAGUACCUUCUUUUUGAGUCCAGUCCAGCACCCCAUCCUGUCAGUUACCCACAGACUCUUCUCUUUGAUGCUUUCCUUUGCAUGCUGCAGAUCAGAAAUUAUAGAAAGUAAAAAGAAAUAACUUUACUGCAGCACUAAAGAGGCCAAGAUGCUGCCAGCAAACUUUUUGAAUUAAAGGUGUGAUUCUCAAAAUAACACAAAAAAAGUCUCAAGUGCAACUAAUUGUUUGUUUGCAUCAUUUUGGACACUAAACCCAUAAUGGUAAAAACAUUCACUUUGGGAAAUACUGUUAAUUUUAAAUUCUGAAGUUAUUUUUUUUCUCAUGUGCUGAAUGAUUUGCUGAUAUUGUGCUUUGCCACCACCUUCCCCAAAACACAUUCAAUGAGGGAACCUUUUCUGUAUGCAAGUUAUACACAUAAACUAAAUGUCAUAAUACUGCUAUAAUCCUGGAAAUGAUAUUUUGAUUUAAUAAAGAAAACUACAAAAAUAAAA